AUGUUUUACAGACUCAAUAAUAGAUUUUUGCUUAAACCACUUUAUUCGUUUCAAACGCUAAAAACGUCUACUGCUAUAGAAAAUUCAACGAAGAACAAAGUAACAUUAAUUAAUAAAAAGUACGACAAUGUACCGUAUAAAAAAUAUUUUACAGGCAGGGCAUACUCCAAUCAGACUAGACUUGAAGAGAUGAUAGUUGAUUACAAUCAGGUUAAAAGAGCAGUUUCAAAUCAAAAUUCAUUGAUUGUUGAUGUAAGAGAACCAGAGGAAAUUAAGAAACAUGGAAAAAUUCCUAAUAGUAUAAAUAUUCCUUUGGGUAAUGUAUCAAAUGUACUUAACUCUAUGUCAGACAUAGAAUUUGAACAAAUUUAUGGAAGGAAAAAGCCUAAAGACAAUACAGAAAUCAUUUUUUAUUGUAUGAUAGGAAAAAGAUCUGGUAUGGCUCAACAAAACACAAUAAGCCUGGGAUAUAAAAAUGUCAAAAAUUAUGUUGGAAGUUGGACAGAUUGGGCAAGCAGAAAUCAAUAA